AUGACGACCGCAGCGGUAUUCGGCUGCACAGGAGCAGUUGGCUCUCAGAUCCUAGAUACACUCCUCGCGACAGACACAGUUUCAACAGUGAAGACCAUCUCCAGGAGACUGCCUCAAGCAGAAUCAGCUAAGCUGCAAGCGCUCGAGGAAAGCGACACUUCAAAAUGGGGUGGCAUGAUUUCAUCUCUGUCCCCUAAGCCAUCGAUAGUUUUCAAUGCGGUUGGCACCACAAAAGCGACAGCGGGCAGCAUCAAGAACCAGUGGAAGAUCGAUCAUGAUUUAUGUGUCGAGAACGCGCGCGCUGCUAAGCAGGCCGGUGUGAAGACAUACAUUUAUAUUUCCAGUGGAGGAACCAGAAGCUUUCUCUGGGGAUGGGUUCCAUAUUCGAAGAUGAAGGUUGGUGUCGAGGAUGCCAUCAAGGAGCUUGGUUUUGAUAAUGCUAUCAUUCUGCGACCGGGGAUGAUUAUUGGAAGGGAGGAAUCCAAGGCUUUUCUGUUAGAAAAGUUUGUGGAGGGACUUCAGAUGCUGGGACAGGGUGUCCAGGAUAAAAUUGGUCAGAAUCAAACGACUAUUGGUAGAGCAGCUGUAGCAGCUGCUCGUAUGGCUGAGGAGGGCAAAGCCCCGUCGAACUAUUGGGUGCUGGAGCAAGCUGAUAUUGUUAGGCUUGGCAGGGAUGAGUGGAAGGAGUAA